AUUACGACGAGACGUAACGCUACUAACGCUCGACUGAAGAGAAGAACCAAACGACAAAACUACCUCCAACAAAAAAGCACCCAGUCAGCGAACUGAGAUUAAUGUAAUGAUAGCCGAAAUAUUAUAUUGCAGAGCGCUAACGAUAUGCGCCUACCUGACGACGGUCGCAAUAUCUAACGACGCGCCGCCGUACGAGAUAACCACCUUCGCCCAGCAGCCUGGGAUAUAUUUCGAAAAGGUCGGCAGAAUGCAUCCCGUCGAGGCUACGUGGAAACUAGUGAUAAAAACCGAUCUCACCCCGUUCACCACACGCCUAGGACAAAUAAAGCGAUGCGUCGAACGCACGGAAACAACGUGCGAAAUACUGCUCGCACACAGCAGCACAUGUAAAAAUCUCCACGCCAUAAUCAGCAAAGGGGAAAAGAGACUACAACAAUUGACCGACAGAUUAAAGACAGUGUACAAAACACCGAACAAACGACGCGGACUAAUAGACGGAAUAGGCGUCAUUGCAAAAACGCUAUUCGGAACAAUGGACGCAGAUGACGACAAGCUAAUCAACGAACAACUAUCAUUGUUACAAGAGUCAGACAGAGCGACAAAACACGCCCUACAGCACCAACUAAAAGUAAUCAACGCAACUAUAGGGCACAUCAGCAACCUGGAACAAGUCAUCGAAGAAAAUGAAAACACCCUAAAAAACCUAAUGGAAAAAGUCAAAAGUACACUGGUCACACACAGUCGACGACACGACCUAGACGAACACUACACCCUGAUAAAUGCAAUCAUCAAUGAUCUAACACGCGACGUAACGGACACCUUAGACUAUAUAACAUGUAUUAAGGAAGGAAAAUUACAUCCCAGGUUAAUUCCGAUCGAGACCAUAAUAACGAAUCUAAAAAACGCAGCGAUAAACCUACCGCAAGGACUAUACUUCCCAUUUAACCUGCGACAGGAAGAAUGGUUAGACAUAGAAAAAAUUACGAAAAUUACCGCAUAUUGCGACGGUCCAACUAUAUUUACUAUCCUCCGAUUCCCCCUCGCCACGACGCCGACAUACGAAUUAAUACACGUCAUACCACUACCGGUACACAGUCAUGACAACAUUUUCGCGUCAAUAGAACUACGAAUGGAUCGGAAUAGACACCGAAAAACACACCUAUGUGACACUUGA